AUGGAUGUGCCGAUUGUGACACCAGUGAUACCGACUCUUGUGUUAGAACCGCCGGCGGGUAGUUCUCAACCAACACAGAGGAGAUUGGAUUUGCAAGCAACACCUGAUGUACCUGCGAACUCGUUUGUUGAAAAUAAUCGAAUUAACGGUAUGAAGCUUACUUUCAUUAACCCUAUGCUUAAGAAUGGAUCACCUACUGCUUGUUUACAACAGAAUGCUGUAGAUAUUGAGCUUAAAAAAUGGGCCAAUGCUGUUAUUCUAUAUGUUAUUGGUGAUAAUCCGACUAUUAAAUACAUUAGCACGUUUGUUGACAAACAAUGGCUUUGUGAGAGUAAACCUGAAAUUUUUCUUUACUCUGAGGGCUAUUUCCUGAUUAGAUUUGGCUCGGUGGAGGAGAAAGAACGUGUUUUGUGUUCUGGGCCGUAUACCAUUGCUAAUCGACCAGCCAUUGUUAAAGGGUGGUCUGCGGAUUUCAAUUUCAACACUGAGAUUCUGAAAUUGAUUCCUUUGUGGAUCAAAUUACCCAAUCUUCCUCUCAAUUGUUGGGGGAUGGAUUCUUUGAGUAGGAUUGGGAGCACUUUAGGCAAUCCUUUGUUUGCUGAUGAGUGUACCACCACACAAAAUCGAAUAUCGUUUGCCAGAAUGCUCGUUGAAGUGGAUGUAACUCACCCUUUACUCCAUAAGGUUAUGGUAGAGGACCCUCAUGGGAAGGCUUUUGAACAAGUUGUGCAAUAUGAGUGGGAGCCUAAAUUUUGUGAUACUUGCCAAAAACUUGGGCAUAAUUGUGUGGCUGAUGUUGCACAAGAACAUCGGAGGAGAACUAAGAAGAUAUGGGUGCCUAAAGUUACUGUUGCUCGAGAUACUUCUGCUAUCCCACCUCCAGGAGUACCAUCUACAGUAACAGGGGACUCUACUUUGGUGGUUAGUGACCCAGUUGCUGAGGGAUGA